CGGCCAUAUUUCCAUUUAUGAGCGCAUAUCCCCAGUUAUAAGGGACUGCGCCCGUUAAACAUCCCUGCUCCUCAGCUGGAGAACUUGCUUCAAACGCAUCCCCUGGAAGAUCACCCCAACCACCCGCUACCAUGUCGAUCUCGGCCCUAGACUCGCGCAUCUUUCGAAACCUCUUCGGCACCGAAGAGAUUCGCGACAUUUUCACCGAUGAGGCUUAUGUGAAAUUCCUCGUCGAGACUGAGGCCGCUUUGGCUCGCGCAGAGUCCAAAGUAGGUGCCAUUCCGGCGGACGUCGGAGAUGCCAUCACGGAGGUGCUGGGAAAGGUCAAACUGGACUUUGAUCGACUUGCGCGAGAAACGGAGAUCGUCGGAUACCCCGUUCUGCCGUUGGUGAUGCAACUGGUGGAGAACACUCCCGAGGAGAUCGCAAAGUACAUCCACUGGGGUGCGACGACUCAAGAUAUCAUGGAUGAUGCGAGUAUUCUUCAGAUCAAGAGGGGCGUGCAACUGGUGAAGCGGGACCUUGACACAUUGAUUGGCAUUUUGCGGACAAUGUCUGAAAAGUAUCGGGAUACUCCAAUGGCCGGUCGUACGCACCUGCAACAUGCCCUCCCCUGUACCUUUGGCUACAAAUGCGCCGUAUACCUUUCCAGCAUCAUCAGACAUCGAGAGCGACUAUCCGAAAUCGAGCAGAGAUGCUUCCUGGUGCAAUUCGGCGGCGCAGCAGGAACUCUUGCUUCGCUGGGUAGCGACGACACGGGCAUUCGCGUGCGAGCACAGCUGGCCAAAGAACUGGACCUGCAAGACCCCAUGAUAACAUGGCAUGUGGCGCGCGACAAUAUCGCGGAGAUUCUCAGCUUCCUUGCUCUCAUCGGUGGGACUUUGGGAAAGAUUGCUCUGGAUAUCAUCGUCAUGUCGUCGAAUGAGCUGGACGAGGUGUCGGAGCCUUUCGUGCCUCAUCGCGGCGCAUCCUCGACAAUGCCACAGAAGCGGAAUCCGAUUUCGAGUGAGGUAAUCUUGGCCGCGUCUAAGCUCCUGCGGGCCAAUGCGUCCUUGGGACUGGAUUCGAUGGUUGUCGACUUUGAACGUGCGUCGGGGCCGUGGCAUCUGGAGUGGGUUGCUAUUCCAGAGUCUUUCACGUACGUGGUGGGAGCCUUGCAUCAGACGAACUUUGCUUUGCAAGGUCUAUGCGUGAAGGAGGGGUCAAUGAAGAGGAAUCUUCAUUCGACUGGGGGUUUGAUCGUGGGUGAAGCUGUCAUGAUGGGCCUGGCGCCGUUUGUUGGUAGGCAGCGAGCACAUGACGUGGUGUAUGAAGCCUGCAAGUCGGCCAUUGAACAUGACAAAAUCCUGUUAGAUGUCCUUAAGGUCAAUUCAGAGGUUACGGUGCAUUUGGAUGAGCAGAGAUUGGCGCAGCUGUGUGAUCCUUUGAACUAUUUGGGGUCGGGUCAAUUGAUGGUGGAUGAUGUUUUGAAUAAGGCCACUGCUCUCAAGGCAUCUUUGAAUGGGAAUGUGAAUGGGCACUAGGUUAC